GCCCGUGGCCAGUCCACGAUGAGCCGACAAGGGGGCCAGGUUCUGCACUUCCACCUGCGGCUGUUCCAGUGCCUAGGAUUUCACGGGCUGCCCCUGCCCGGGGACGGGGACCCUUCCGGCUGGCGGCGCAGGAUGCGGGCUUGGGGCCUGUUUCUCCUGCUGGCCUUAAGCGGCCUCGUCCUGGUUUGCCUCUUCAGCGACGAGGAGUUCCUCUACCAGGAGGACAUGUUUGGGCGCGUCAACGACGCCCUAAAGUACGUUUUUGCCGAGCUGGCCGUGCUGGCCAUUUACCUGGAGACAGUGACGAGCCAGCGAGACCUGGCGAACUUCUGGUACCUCCACUUCCGGCUCAGCAGCCGAAUGAUGGAGGCCGGUAGUCUCCGGAGGGAGUUCCGGCAGUACCGCCGCUUCAUCAUCACCUUGUACGGCCUGAUACUGUGUGAGCUGAUAAUGUUUGUGGUCAUGUGGUGGAUUCAGCCCAUCAACAAGCAGUUUCUGCUCUUCUGGACCACCUACGAGCCCCUGGUGGUCCUGACCUACCUCCGAAACAUCCAGUUUAUCCUUCACAUGGAGCUACUCCGUCAGCAGCUGGCCCAGCUGGAACAGGAGCUCCGUCUCCUGGCCGAGUAUUCGAGAUUCGCCUGCAGCGGAACGGGACGAAGCUUUCCCGGCUUUGAGACCUUUCUGCAGCGCCGGCUGCUCCAAAAACAGAGGGUCUACAACGGUGUCUGGGAAAUGUACCGAAGUUUCCAGGGCGCCUUCAACUACUCCAUCCUCACCGUCCUGCUCUCGAUCAACAUCCGGAUAGCGGUAGACUGCUACUUCAUGUACUACACCAUUUAUAACAACGUGUCCAACAUAGACUAUUUCCUGAUCAUACCCGCCGUGCUGGAGAUACCCGCCUUCGUCUAUGCCUCCCAGAGCUGCAUGGUUCACGUGCCCCGGAUCGCUUAUCAACUACACAACAUCGUGCCAUCUUCCGGAAGCUGCAGUUAUCCCGACCUUUCGCUGCAGAUCCAGAACUUUUCGCUGCAACUUCUACACCAACCCAUCAGCAUUAAUUGCAUGGGACUGACCGUCCUGGAUUGCAGUUUCCUCACGCGGAUUGCCUGCUCCGUUGGAACAUAUAUGAUCUACACCAUCCAGUUUAUGCCGAAAUUCAGCGCUCCAUACGUAUAGGAGUUCUGGAUGAACUAUACCACAUUAUCGUAACGAAUAC